AUGGACGCACACUGUGGACAGGUGCCGCUCACCGUUACGCACAGGUACGGCGGGGUGAACCAGCUCGGCGGUGUCUUCAUUAACGGACGCCCGUUACCGCACCUGGUGAGGCAGCACAUCGUGGAGCUGGCGCAGCGGGGCGUGCGUCCCUGUGAGAUCUCCCGCCGCCUGCGCGUCAGCCACGGCUGUGUCAGCAAGAUCCUGGCCAGGUACAAUGACACAGGAAGCAUCAGACCGGGGAUGAUCGGAGGCUCUAAACCCAAAGUGGCCACUCCCAGAGUUGUGCAGAUGAUCCUCCAUCUGAAACACAAUAAUCCCACCAUGUUCGCCUGGGAGAUCCGAGACAGGCUGUUGCUGGAGCGAGUGUGCAACCAUGAUGGCGUGCCCAGCAUCAGCUCCAUCAACAGGAUCAUCAGAAACAAAGUACAGUCCGAGUCUUGUGAAGUUGUGUCAUCGGCAUCAUCUGUUGCCAUGGGAACAGCCUAUUCCUCUGAGUCCACCUAUUCCAUCAGUGGAAUUCUGGGAAUCAGGAAAUGCAGCAAACAUAAGGAAGGAGGGGACGUCUCCUGCUGCUUCUACAACGACCUGCCAUGUUCCUGUAAUGAAGCCUGGGGAUGGUCCAACCCCUGCCUGGCCUCUAUUUCCAGCCUCACCUUUUACCCUGGUCUGCAAGCUAAUCAUGAUCCAGACCUCUUAGGGCCUCCGUGUCAUUACAGCUGAACGGAGCUGCAAAAGACCUCCUGA